CCGUGAAGUUCGCUGCUGUCGUGGGUGAGAGACAGGCGCACUGUCAGAAGGGAAACACUUGCUAGCGCUGGAAGACGUGAAGUGUGUCAGUGGUGUGACUAUGCAAUCGUAUAUGCCAUUCAUCAACGAGUACUGGCCCUUCAUCGCAGCAGGGGUAAUUUGCUACCUGGGGGCCAAGUUCCUGUACCAAAGCGCCGUGUCCUGGGACCCGAACCCUGGAGCAGCACGGAGCUACGAAACUCCAGACAAAGUGGCAGAGGCGGAUGAUGGGGAUGAGUUUGAAGAGAACGAUGGGCAGAAUCCAGAACUUUCAAGUGCAUUGCCAUGGGAUCUGGAGCACGUGCCUCUUGAGUUUAAACGUCUGCCAGUGGAGGAGACGAUACAACGAUCCUUGGAGUUCUACAACUUAAUGAGCACUCGGCGUACAGUUCGGUUCUUCAGCUCUGAUCCCAUCCCUGCUGAUGUCAUCCGUAACAUCAUCAGGGCUGCUGGUACUGCCCCUAGUGGGGCCCAUACAGAACCAUGGACAUAUGUCGUCAUAUCUGAUCCUGAGGUGAAGAAGAAAGUGAGAGAAAUUGUAGAAGAAGAAGAGUACAUCAAUUACACCAAGAGAAUGGGUGACCAGUGGACUACAGACUUGAAGCCUCUAAGAACAGAUUGGAUCAAAGAAUACCUGACAGAUGCUCCAUACCUAAUCCUUGUGUUUAAACAGCUGUACAGCUUUAAGGAAGAUGGAACUAAAUGCACCCACUACUACAAUGAGAUGAGCGUGUCCCUUGCUUCAGGAAUCCUCCUUGCAGCCAUUCAUUAUGCGGGGUUAGUAUCCUUGACUAGCACUCCACUCAACUGUGGACCUGCUCUGCGAACUCUAGUUGGAAGGCCAACAUCUGAGAAACUCACACUACUGCUGCCAGUAGGCUACCCAGCAGCUCAUGCUACAGUACCAGACCUCAAACGGAAGCCACUCGAAGAUAUCUUGGUGGAGAUAUGAAUUUAGGCUACUAGAGAGAAAUAACAGUUUCAGCAUUUAUGUAUUGCAAGAGUCCAAUAUCUGUCAUGUGCCUGGGCAGUACUAAACACCACAUUUUAAUCACCUGUGUCAUAGAUUCUUAUGACAGAAUUUUAAUGCCAGGUUUUUAUCUGAAGAUUGGACUUCCAUAA